AUGGACCAUCAAGGCGGCAUAGAUAGUCUGGGAUUCGACAUGUCCCAGUUUGUAUCCCACCAGACGCCUCAAAUCUUCGGCGCUUACAACGGAGAUGGCAAUUCUAUAGCAUAUUCUGACUUCAAUGAUGGCGGCGGCGACGAGAACGACCCGAAGCGCCGGCGCAUUGCGAGGGCUUGCGACAUGUGCAGAAAAAAGAAAAUCAAAUGUGACGGGAAGAUGCCUAAAUGUGGUCACUGCAUAAACUACAAGACGGAAUGUGUCUUCACACAGGUGGAAAAGAAGAGGAAUCCGCCAAAAGGUGCCAAAUAUAUCGAGGGCCUGGAAAACCGCCUCGGGCGCAUGGAGUCUCUGUUGCGCAUGUCCGGUCUCUUGACUGAAGACGAGGCCGGCAAGACUGAUCUCGGCACCCUGGAGAAGCGUCUGGCUGAGAAGGCUUCCUCCAGAGAGAACACAGCACAAAGAACAGACUCGCCCGCUCCACCGAAGAGUGGUCCAGGCUCUUCAAUACCAGGAACUUCUCCUCAAACAGGGUCUCAGCGAGAUUCCCAUGAUACCCCCCGCGAAUCCUUUACCACCCCAAGCGCCGAUGGCGAUAGAGCAGGCCGAGAAGAUGUCGAGAAUCUCUCGGAGGCCAUGUGCUCACUUGUCACCAACAAUGUGGGCGAGACUAGAUAUAUUGGGUCAUCGUCCGCGUUCUCGAUCUUUUCAAGUAAAGGCAUUGAAUGGGUCAACGAAAAGACAGGCGACACGUCCUUCCAAGAAACUAUACAGAAUGCCGUCAAUGAAGACGAAAAUAAGUGGCAAUAUUGGAAGCCCGAGAUAUUCGGCGACAUCUUUGUCCGCCGGGUUUUCAAGCCUUUACCGCCAAAGGAAGAGGCUCUCUCAUUGUUCAAGGACUUUUUUGAGAAUUUCAACUGCAUGUUUCCGCUAUUUCACGAGCCCACUUUCAUGCACUUGGUGGAAAAGCAAUAUUCACGGGAUCCCUACCAGGGCAGUGGCUGGUGGGCCAGCAUCAACGUCGCCUUAGCCAUCGCCUAUCGCAUCAGAGUCAUGAGCAAUGUGGUUCCACAAGAGGACGACCGUAAGGCGUGGCUGUAUUUGAAGAACGCGAUGGGGGUUAUCACCGAACUCACCAUGCGGAAUACCGAUCUGCUCAGUGUCCAGGCCUUACUGGGUAUGGCUUUGUUCCUGCAGGGUACUCCGAACCCUCAGCCGUCAUUCUUCCUCAUCGCUGCCGCGAUCAGAUGUUCGCACACGAUCGGCCUUCACAAACGAGGGUCGGCGUUCAACCUGAAUCCCAUCGAGGUCGAGCAACGCAAACGAGUCUUCUGGAUUGCCUACCUCCUCGACAAAGAUGCGUGUCUUCGGUCCGGAAGACCCCCUGCUCAAGAUGACGACGAUAUGAACGUCGACUUGCCUUCAGAGGAUCCUCCGGACAAUAUCGGCAAUGUUCCGCUGGGGGAUGGGAAGGGCAAGAUCAAUCUGUUCCGUCUAAUGUGUGAAUUUGCCACCAUCUCCAGCAAGGUCUACCGACAACUCUACUCUGUCCGGGCCUCGAAGCAGAGUGACGGCGAACUGCUCAACACUAUCGGCGAGCUUGACAAAGAACUCGAGGCUUGGAAAGACAGCAUUCCGAUCGAUUUCCGGCCAGAGCACGAAAUCAAGACAACGCACACCCCUCUAGCCCUGCACAUUGUCGUCCUUCAUUUCUCCUACUACAACUGCCUAACCACCAUCCACCGAAUGUCGGUUCACCAUGGCUAUUGGACCAGUCGGUUGUCCGAAUAUGCUAUCCAAGGACUCAACGCUCGGCCGCUCAACCCUCGAGUCUUCUCCUCCGCCGCUCUCUGUGUCUCAGCCGCCCGGGCCUCUAUCCAUCUGAUCAAGUAUAUCCCACAAGGAGACUUUGCUUGCGUAUGGCUCAUCCUGUAUUUCCCUGUCUCCGCUCUGGUCACACUUUUUGCGAACGUCCUGCAAAAUCCUCAAGAUACGCGCGCCAGAGCCGACAUCAAGCUGAUGGACCUCGUUGUCAACUUCUUAUCCAAUAUUGCUCGUGAUGAAGGCUCGGGGUCUUUGAAUCGCAUGCUCACUGUCUGCUCCGAGUUUGCUCGUAUCGCAAGGGUUGUGGUUGAAAAGGCGGAGAGGGAAGGCUCCAAGCGCAAGCGUCGGCUUGUUCCCGAAGAAGUUGUGCGGGUCAACCAGUCCGCGAUGGCGCAGGUGCAAGCUCAAAAGAAUAACCGGCCUUCCGGUUCACGGAGGUCAAGCGGCACUGGAGGAUCUCCUCGAGGAGUUGGCGCCGUCCCGUCCACGAGCGGGAUGCCUCCCACAUCAACAACCACGACCCAAGGCAACGGUCUUAACACCAACGCCUCAUUUUUCCAUAUGCCCAACCUCGACAACGACUACGCCGACAUACUCAACCAGCCUGGAAUGAGCCCUGACCUCGGCCAGCAGCACAUGCCGAGCUCUACCAUGUCUCCUCUCAACGUUGGUUCUUUUCAACAACCGUUCGUUCCGCAGGAUCUAUGGCAGAUGCCCAUGACUUUCGAAUGGGACUGGGUCGACUUUGGGCAGUCUUCGGCCAACGAUUUCAUUUUGAGCGACGGACUAAAUGAUGGAACGAUGCCUCAUCAAUGA